CAGUAUUCCUAAAGGAGGCUGGCCUGUGGUUUUUGUAUCAGUGUUGUGCUGGCAUCAUAAAAAGGACCAGGAAACUUAUUUUGCUCUUCUCUCCUACAGUUUCAGUAGUGUUGGAAUUACUCAUUUCUCAAAGACUUGAAAAGAUUUGUCUGUGAUACAUACAGGCUCAGUGUUUUGUGAGAGUUUGCUCUUUACUGGCUAUCUUAGUUUAAUUAGGUAAAAGUAAUCAUGGAUUCCAGAGAAAUAGCUACGUAAUAAAAUUAGUAGAGUUGAUUUACUAGAUUCAAAUAGAAUGAUAUGUUCUUCUAUCAUAGAAUAAGUUUCUCUUUGUAAGUAUUCACACUUCAGCCAACAAAAGAAGCCCUCAAAAUCUGUAAAGCAGAAGUGAAUAGACCAGGUUAUUUAAACACCAGCCAGUAAAGCCAGAAAUUAUGAACAGAGAAGAAAUUAGCAACAAACUAUCCUAAAGAAUUCUGUGGUCAGAGACGAAACACUUGCUGACAGGCUAUAAAAUGUAAUUAAUAUAAAUAAAACAUGAAAUAUUAAAAAAAAAAAACCUCUGGCAUGUGGCAAAUAGUGUAUUCAGAGGGAAAAUUUAUGGCCUCAUAGAUUUUAAUUGCUAAAUAGGAAAGAAUGAAAAUAAAUGAAUAAAUCAUGCAACCUCAACAAGGUAGAAAAAACCUGGGUGGCUCAGUCGGUUAAGCGUCUGCCUUCAGCUUAGGUCAUGGUCCCGGAGUCCUGGGAUCGAGUCCUGAGUCAGGCUGGGAGCCUGAUGUCAGUGGGAGCCUGCUUAUCCCUCUGCUUGCUGCUCUCCCUGCUUGUGCUCUUUCUCUCUUUCUCAUUCUUGCUCUCUCUCAAAUAAAUGAAAUCUUAAAAAAAAAAAAAAAAAAGUAGAAAAAAGCCUUUUGUAAUCUAGCCUCCCCCAAAAGCAGAACACAGGACAGAGGUUUGUGUGCAGGCAGUUUACUUGGGAAUGUAUUCCAAAGGCAGAGUGAAAGACAAGGGGAGUGAGACAGGAGGGAGAGCCAGUACAAGGAUGCAUUGUCAGGCUGGCCUGUCCAUAGGCAACUGGUGCUCAGUCUUGCAGGAUCUUUGAGGAGCCUUGGAAUCUCAUGUAGGAGACUGAAGGGGAAAAUAUUUGUCCAUUGACCUCUGUCCCCUGUUAGUCAUAGGUGGUCUCACAGGCAUUGACUCCUCUCUGCCUUUCAGGACCUAGCAGGUGUCCAUAGGUAUCUGCAGAUGUCCCUCACAGGACACCAGAGAAGCCCCAGGGCAGGAAUCAGCCAUAUGUGGUGUAGAUCCUUGAGGAUGCAUUGGUAGGUUAUACCUGCGCAAAGCUGGUCAAAGUCUCUGGCACUGGACUGAGACCAGAGGAUUUGGAAGGGAACAGAAGGUGUACCUCUCACAGAGGUGGAGCUCUUCCAGAGCUAAAGAAACAAAGAAAGCAGAACUUAAUGAACUAAAAGGAAAUAGAAAAGAGUGGUGUUCUAAAUAACUAGAAAAAUUUGUUCUUUAAAAAUAAAACAACAUUCAAAUAGACAAACCAUUGUUCAACUUAACUUUAUUAGUCUGCUCAGGCCACCGUAACAGAAUACCAUAGACUGCAUGGCUCAAACAACAGAAAUUUAUUUCUCACAGUUCUGGAGGUGGAAGAAAGCCUAAGUUUAAGGUGCCAGACAAUUUGGUUCUUGGCGAGGGCUGUCCUUGGGUUGCAGAUGGCUGUCUUCUCACUGUGUCUGCAUGUGGUGGAAAAAGAACUCUGGGGUCUCUUCCUCCUUUUUAUAAAGGCACCAGCCUUAUCAGAGUAGGGCUCCACAUUUAUGGCUUUGUUUAACCUUAUUACCUCCUCACAGGUCUUAUAUCCAAAUAUAGUCAUAUUGGGUGAUAGAACUUCAACCUAUGAAUCUUGGGGGGACAUGUUCCAUCCCUAACAUUAACAAAGGGGAAAGGGUGUAGAAAGCACAUAUAUUCAAAAGUGGGAAAGGCACAGUGGCUCCAGAUAUGGAGGAAAUGGAAAGAAUCGUGAACCUGUGUUUUCCACAACUCUGCACUCAAGUUGAAAUCCUAGAAGACAUGGAUGAUAUUUUAGGGAAACACAUAUUUUCAAGACUGACUUUGGGAGCAGUAAAAAACCUGAAAAUAAGCAGUCCAAAUGUUUUGAAAACAGUGAACAAGGCGUGCUGGGUCAUGGGACCCUAGAUGAUAUAGUGAUCCCCUCUCGCUGGGAGCUGAGGCUCUGGCUUCUUCACUAUCAGAGGGCUGAAGAACAUGAGGAGGCAGCCUGGGACCUCAAAGCUCCAGCCCUUCUCUGAGAGGGGGAGCAGGUGAUGGCAGCCAUGCUCCUGACAGCCUGGCCCCAGGUGAGCUGUGGCUCCUUCAGCUCUUCCUCUGAACAGUUUCACAUUGAAGAAAACUGAGAAGGGAAGCUGGGACUUCACGGACCCCUGAAGUGCAUCCAUGGACCUCCAUGGACUACAGAAGUCGGUGACCUUCGAGGACGUGGCUGUGUACUUCACCCAGACGGAAUGGGAUGGCCUGUCCCCUGCACAGAGGGCCCUGUACAGGGAUGUGAUGCUGGAGAAUUAUGGGAAUGUGGCCUCCUUGGGAUUUUCUCUUCUCAAACCUGCUGUGAUCUCACAACUAGAGGGAGCAGGUGAGCUGGGGGGCCCAUCUCCACUGGUGGAUGGAACAGAAACAGGCCCCCAGGGCCUCUGGACUGUAGAUAUUGAUGUCCAGACUGACAAUAAUUUGAUAAAGGAAAUGUAUGAAGAAAAACAUAAUACAUCAUUUGAACUUCAGAGGGACUUUUCCCAGGACACAGACUUUUCAGAAGCCUGUAUUCUAGAGAAACAGCAGGAAGUCCAUUUAGUAGGAAGCAUAAAGAAAGAAAACUGCAGCGUCAUUGACGGAAUAGUGAUAGACGGCAGCAACCCUGGGGAGGAGUAUUUCUUUAGUCAGAGUCCAAACUUGGAUCAAUGUCACACCGUCAGCACUGGAGAGCAGCCCCCUGAACGUAUAGGAUUGGAGAGAGCCUUCAGCUUUGACACAAAACUUAUUCAGGAUGAAAUAAUUAAUUCGGGGGAAAGAUCUUUUAAAUGUGAAGAAUUAGUGGAAACCUUCAGGUGUAACCCUCAGCAUCAAGGUGGCUACACUGGGGAGAAGCCCUAUCAGUGUAAGCAGUGUGGCAAAGCCUUUAGCAUUAAUGCAAAAUUAAUUUGGCAUCAGAGACUUCACAGUGGGGAGAAACCCUUCAAAUGUGUGGAGUGCGGGAAAAGCUUCAGUUCCAGUUCCCAUUAUAUCACCCAUCAGAGCAUCCACAGCGGGGAGAAGCCCUAUCAGUGUAAGGUGUGUGGCAAAGCCUUCAGCGUCAAUGGGAGUCUCAGUCGGCAUCAGAGAAUCCAUACGGGAGAGAAGCCCUAUCAGUGCAAGGAGUGUGGAAGUGGCUUCAGCUGCAGUUCUGCAUAUAUCACACACCAGAGAGUCCAUACUGGAGAGAAGCCUUACGAGUGCAGUGACUGUGGGAAAGCUUUCAGUGUUAAUGCAAAAUUGAUUCAGCAUCAGAGAAUCCACACUGGAGAGAAACCUUAUGAGUGUAAUGAGUGUGGGAAAGGCUUCAGGUGCAGCUCCCAGCUGCGGCAGCAUCAGAGCAUUCACACCGGGGAGAAGCCCUAUCAGUGUAAGGAGUGCGGGAAAGCCUUCAGUAAUAAUGCAAAACUCAUCCAGCAUCAAAGGAUCCACACAGGUGAGAAACCCUAUGAGUGUACCGAAUGUGGAAAAGCCUUUAGUGUCAAAGGGAAGUUAAUCCAGCACCAGAGAAUCCACACGGGGGAGAAACCCUAUGGGUGUAAUGAAUGUGGGAAAGCCUUCAGGUGUAACUCCCAGCUGCGGCAGCAUCUGAGAAUCCACACCGGGGAGAAGCCCUAUGAAUGUCAUGAGUGUGGAAAGGCCUUCAACGUUAAUGCAAAACUAAUGCAGCAUCAGAGGAUUCACACUGGAGAGAAACCCUUUGAAUGUAAUGAGUGUGGGAAAUGCUUUACUUCUAAAAGAAACCUACUUGAUCAUCACCGAAUCCAUACUGGAGAAAAGCCUUAUCAGUGUAAGGAAUGUGGGAAAGCCUUCAGUAUCAAUGCCAAACUAACUAGGCAUCAGAGAAUCCACACUGGGGAGAAACCUUUCAAAUGUAUGGAAUGUGAAAAAGCAUUUAGCUGUAGUUCUGACUAUAUUGUACAUCAGAGGAUCCAUACUGGAGAGAAACCCUUUCAAUGUAAGGAGUGUGGAAAAGCCUUCCAUGUUAAUGCCCAUUUAAUUCGGCAUCAGAGAAGCCACACUGGGGAGAAACCCUUUAGAUGUGUGGAGUGUGGCAAAGGGUUCAGCUAUAGUUCUGACUGUAUUAUACAUCAGACUGUCCAUACUUGGAAGAAACCCUAUGUGUGUAAUGUGUGUGGGAAAGCCUUCAGGUUUAGCUUCCAACUUAGUCAGCAUCAAAGUGUCCAUAGUGAAGGAAAAUCGUAAUGAGAAGGAUGUAGAAAACUCUCAAAGUUAAUGAAAUGGAUCAGGUAUCAUCAGAUUCGCCGUGGUAGAAAACCUUGAGGGAAAUCAAUACGUCAUCUUCCCAUGGAAACACAUCUUUUCCAUCUUACUUUUAAAAUCAGGAAUGAUGAGUGGUUAAAAAGUAACAACCAAAAAUAAAUAGCUUGUCUUAUACCAACAACCAAUUAGAAAAUAUGAUGAAAGAAAAGAUCCCAUUCCCAACAGCAUCAAGAAAAGUGGCUCUCCUAGGAAUAAACUUAAGUAUUACACAGGAUCUAUAUGGAGAAAGAAAUCUCCAUUGAGGGCCAAAAAAGGUAAAAUAAAUGGGGAGAGAGAGAAACCUUGUUCUUGGAUAGGAAGAUUCAUGUAGAUACUCACUCUGCCUAAAUUUACUUCCCUUUCAUUUUUGACACCAAGCAUGCAUCACUUUUGUAAAGAGGAUAAACAAUAAAGAUUUCCGUAGAAAGAAAAGAUGAGUAAAUUUUUAAUUUCGUGGGAGAAAAAAUAUAUAUAAUAUAUAUAAAAUAUACAUAAAUACAUUAAAUAUUUAUGUUCUUAAUAAUCCCAAAUAAAGUUAAAAGAUAAAGCACAAAAAGGAAUACCUUUGUAAAAUUUAUGAUAUAGAUGUUUAAUAUGUAAAGAUAAGUUUUAUAAUCAAGAGAAAAGUAAUCUAAUAAAACCCAGAAAAAUGACAUUAGCAGGCAUUUAAAAAAAAAUCUAAUAAAGAGCUGUUCAGUCACAGUCCUCUAAGGAUUGAAAAUGAAAUACGCACACACUCAUACCCAAGGAGCCCUCAGACCGCUCUUCCACAGACCCUCCCAUAGACACACAUAGUCACACACAGUGCACCCUAUGUACACAGAGACUUUACACCCCCAUAGGCCAGUGACCUCAGCUCCUGCAUGUUCUGUAGCUUGAGCAACCAGUGUUAGCUAGGGAUGCUACCUUGAGUAUUUCAAAGGAGCCAUUCCUGUUAGAAAGCUAAUGAUGUGGUAUAGGACCUCAGCAGAGUGUCUGGGGGAUGCCACUGUGUGUAAGUCCCACUGCUCUGCCCCCAGACUCUGGGAGCUGAGGAAGGGUGGAGGUCAGACCCUGGAGCCCCAGAACAUAGGAACGAGCAUGGCCUUUCUUCCCCCUCAUCUGACCCUGAUUCUCUGCUGUGGCAAGACCAAGGCGGGGAUUCUAGGAGGGUCAAGAACCACUAAGGACAGAACCUACUGUCUGGGAUCUGCUACCAGUGUCCUCUGUGACCACGGUCUCUCUGGGUCUCAGGCUCUUGUCAGUGCAGGGUGAGGGCUGGUCCCAGAACUCAAGGCCCUUCCCACCCAGAUGGUCCCUGAGGGUUUUCUCCCUCUCUCUAGGUUUGUUACUGUCCAGGACAGGUGCUCUGUUCAGAUUCUAAGGACAAGAGGAGGAAGAAAGUUAGACACCUGUGGAGCCUCAUGAAGUCACACGGCUCCAUCAGCCAGUAGUCCUGCCAUCUUGUAUCCUCAGUGCUCCUUACUCCAGCCCAGGGCUGCCUGGGUCCAGUGGGAGCCUUACCAGGAAAAAAGGAGCCAUGGCACUGGAGACCUCUGUCCCCUCACAAAAGCUCUUUUUCUGAACUGGAGCUGUGGGCCUGGAAGGGCCAGGAUUAAAUAAAGCCUUUCUCCCUUA